GUCGGACAGUGAACUUGUCCUCAACUUCGAGGGGCAGGCAGCUUCGUCGAGCUAACCUCGCGCCUUCCGGCCACGUCUGUCGACCCGAUUCAACUUGACAGCCACUAGCACCUGCUGCGUCCCACUGGAGCAGGAACCCGCAACAUUUCCCAAGCAGCCGGCAAUAGGUGUCCCAUCAAUCUUACAGCAAGUGCUCGGCAAAACAGCAAGCCAGCCUCAGGGCCAUACUUCCCAGAUCAUCAUGGCCGCCAUGGACUACGAGGCGCUCAAGGAGCAGUGGAGCGACGUCGAAGAGCGCGAUGGCGUGCGUCUCAGCUGGAACGUCUUCCCCAGCUCCCGGAUGGAGGCUUCUCGACUCGUGGUUCCGAUCGGUGCCUUGUAUACCCCGUUGAAGGAGAAGCCAGAGUCGCCGCUCCUGCAGUUCGAGCCAGUGACCUGCAAGCAACCAUGUCGCUCGGUCCUGAACCCAUUCUGCCAAGUUGAUCUCAGGGCGCGCCUCUGGAUCUGCCCGUUCUGCUUGUCGCGAAAUGCCCUCCCACCACACUACAAGGACAUCUCGGCCAACGCCAUCCCACCCGAGCUCCACCCCCAGAAUACCACGAUCGAGUACAGGCUGUCUCGCCCCGCGCCAAGCCCGCCGAUUUUCCUAUAUGUCGUCGACACGUGCCAGGAGGAGGACAGCUUGGCCGCCCUGAAGGAGUCCCUGAUCAUGAGCUUGAGCCUGCUGCCAGAGAACGCACUGGUCGGCCUUAUCACCUUCGGCACCAUGGCUCAGGUCCACGAGAUUGGUUACACCGAAUGCGCCAAGUCCUACGUCUUCCGCGGCAGCAAGGAAUACUCUGCCAAGCAGGUCCAGGAGAUGCUCGGACUGUCACAGCCUGCCCUGCGACCCGGCAUGCAGCCUCAGCCUGGACGGCCUAUGCCCAUGGGACCGGCCGCCCGAUUCCUCCUGCCCGUGUCGCAAUGCGAAUUCAACCUCACCAAGGCCAUCGAGCAGCUGCAGAAGGACCCAUGGCCCGUCGCGAAUGACCGCAGGAACCUGCGUUGCACCGGCGUUGCGCUGAGCGUGGCUGUCGGUCUCCUCGAGACCUCAUUCCAGAAUGCAGGUGGGCGCGUCAUGCUGUUUGCCGGUGGAGCAGCGACGGAGGGCCCUGGCCUGGUGGUGGGACCCGAGCUGAGAGAGCCCAUUCGUUCCCACCACGACAUUGACCGUGACAACAUCAAGUACUACAAGAAGGCGCUCAAGUUCUACGAUAACCUGGCCAAGCGAACCGCCCACAAUGGCCACAUUAUCGACAUCUUUGCUGGGUGUCUGGACCAGGUCGGCCUCCUCGAAAUGAAGGGUCUUUGCAACUCUACGGGUGGCCACAUGAUCUUGACUGACAGUUUCACGUCCUCUAUGUUCAAGCAAUCAUUUGUGCGAGUAUUCGACAAGGAUGACGACGACAACCUCACGAUGGGCUUCAACGGUGUUCUCGAGGUGCUGACAACCAAGGAGCUCAAGGUCACGGGUCUGAUCGGCCAUGCGGUAUCCCUGAACAAGAAGUCCACCUCGGUCGGCGAGACAGAAUGCGGUAUCGGAAACACUUGCUCGUGGAAGAUGUGCGGAAUCGACCCUAACGCCAGUUACGGUAUCUACUUUGAGAUUGCUGGUCAGGGAGGCCCGGCGGCUCAUCAACAGACCCCUCAGAAGGGAAUGAUGCAGUUCUUGACCUACUACCAGCACUCUUCCGGCCAGUUCCACCUGCGGGUGACGACAGUCGCAAGGAACAUGAGUGGGCCAGCUGGUGACCCAGCGAUUGCGCAGUCUUUCGAUCAGGAGGCCGCGGCGGUGCUCAUGUCCAGGAUUGCUGUGUUCAAGGCUGAGGUGGACGAUGGCCCUGAUGUCCUGCGCUGGGUCGAUCGCAUGCUCAUCCGACUCUGCUCGAGAUUCGCAGACUACAGGAAGGACGACCCAUCAUCUUUCCGACUCGAAAAGAACUUCACUCUCUAUCCACAGUUUAUGUUCCAUCUUAGGAGAAGUCAAUUCCUCCAGGUCUUCAACAAUUCCCCAGACGAGACCGCCUUCUACCGACAUGUGCUCAACCACGAGGAUGUCAGCAACUCGCUCAUUAUGAUCCAGCCAACACUGGAUUCGUACACGUUCGACCAGGAUGAGGGCCAGCCCGUCCUGCUGGACUCUACCUCCAUACAACCCCAGCACAUCCUCCUGCUUGACACCUUCUUCCACAUCCUCAUCUUCCACGGCGAGACCAUCGCCGAGUGGAGGAAAGCCGGUUACCAGGAGCAAGAGGGCUACGAGAACUUCGCGGCACUGUUGGAGAAGCCUAAGGAGGACGCAAGGGACCUGAUCACCGACCGGUUCCCUCUUCCCCGUUUCAUCGUCUGUGACGCGGGCGGCUCGCAGGCCCGUUUCCUGCUCUCCAAGCUGAACCCCUCCACCACGCACACCACAGGGGCGUACGGUGGCGUCGGGGCCCAGACUGCACAGACCAUCUUCACUGACGACGUUUCUCUGCAAACAUUCAUGGACCACCUCAUGAAGCUCGCUGUCAGCGGUACUAAUUAGGAAUGGGAGACGAGGGUAAGAGGGUUCCGCCGGUGACCCUGUUUGUCUUCUGGUGGGGAAAGACUGAAGCGAUGGUGUUUUGAGAAAGAUAGCCCAAGCAAAAUUUAUACACAAGUUUAAGUACAUCAUCUUGGUGGCACAGCCUACGUCUUGUGGGAGGUGCUCUUUUCCGGCUUAUGCUCAAGUUUGAGAAGAGAAGGGUGGUCCGCAGAGCGCGACACGUGAUAGACAGCUUUCAACCGCUGGCGUAACUCAUGCAAGAGGGUCAAGUAUGCAUUGGAGCCAUAGUGCCUGUGAAGAAGAAAUGAGAAGAAUUCCAUUAUGUAUUCAGCAAGAUCGCC